AUGGCCGAAGCUGUGAAAGAGUUAAACCAUGCAACGCGAUACCAGAAGAACACGGGCCGUCGGAAACUCAUCUUCCUUCUCCUAUUGAUCAUUUUUGGGUUAAUCGUUGUCCUGAUUUUCAAACCUCGUCGGUCAUCCUCUUUAGGUUCUCCAUCUGCUCAAGAUUCAAUUACCUCCACGGAUACUUUGGUCUCACGUUACUUUCAUGCACGGACACCCCCUAGCCUUUACGUACCGAAUAAUACUUGA